AUGGACUUUACCCCCAACUCUACACGCUACAACCUGCCCUCUGAUGCCGUCUGGUUCAUCACCGGCUGCUCCUCAGGCAUAGGCCAAGGCAUCGCCAAGUACGUCACUGCCCACCCGACCUACCGCCUCGUCGCCACCGCGCGCAAGACGGCUGCCCUCGACGCCAUCGCCGACGGCCCGCGCGUCCUCAAGGUCGCGCUCGACGUCACCUCCCAGUCCUCCGUCGACGCCGCCGUCGCCGCGGCGGUCGACAGGUUCGGCCGGCUCGACGUCGUGAUCAACAACGCCGGCUACUCGCUGUGGGGCGACACCGAGGCCGCGACGGAGGAGCAGGAGCGCCGCCAGAUCGAGACGCUGUUCUGGGGCACGGUCAGGGUGUCGAAGCACGCCGUGCGGGUCAUGCGCGACGAGAACCCCAAGAGCGGCGGCCGGCAGGGCGGCAUCAUCCUCAACGUCACCUCCAUGGGCGGGUUCCUGGCCGUGCCCGGCGGUGCUUUCUACCACGCGGGCAAGUUUGCCGUCGAGGGCUUCACGGAGGCAUUCGCCAAGGAGGUGCGGCCAGAGUGGAACAUCAACUUCUGUAUCAUCGAGCCUGGCGGUGUGAGCACCAACUUUACUGGCUCCAGCAUGGAUGUCUGUCAGGGCCAUCCGGCCUACCUGAAGGAUGCGCCGGCGCGGCUCUUGGAGCAGUACAUGAUGAGCUCGGGGACCGCGUCGGGCUGGUCUGACAUCGGUCUGAUCGCCAAGGCUAUCGACAAGUUGGUGACCUCAGGCGAUCGUAUCCCUAUCCGUCUGCCGCUUGGAUCUGAUUCCUACGGCGCGAUCGUGCACGAGGUCGAACUGGUCAAGAAGGAUCUCGAGGACUUCAAGGAACUGAGCAACAGCACCAUUCCGACGUCCAAAUAA